CGCAAGCGCACUUCUUCGCGCGCCGCCGGGAUUGUAGUGCCCUCUGGUCGCGUGGUUCGAAAUCAGCUGCCGCCAGGGAGAAUUGUCCUUUGCCCGGCGAACAUCACGUGUCGCACCGGGGUUAGCACUUGUAUAUGGCGCGUAACCGAGCAGUCGAGUGACGACCUUUCGCCAGGUUAGAUGCGUCUGGCUGUUGUCGCGGUCGUCAUUGUUCGUCAUCAUCGGGGCUGUUGUACGGCGUUAUCGCGCGGCUUUAUGGGAUCCCGAUAGCGCUAUUUGUUCAACAGCAGCAACGAGCAGCAGCGGUUCGACCGAUCGAUUGAUCUAUUAAGAAGAGUAAGAGAUCUGCACCGUCGUCGUCAUGGAUGGGAAAGUACACGCCGAGAAGGUGAAGAAUCCCAGACAAGGCGCCAACUUCCUCAGCGUCCUGACAUUCAGUUGGAUCCUACGCACUUUCUGGGUGGGUUACCGCAGGGAUCUUGAAGUAACUGAUUUGUACAAACCGCUUAACGAACAUACAAGUGGUAUUCUUGGUGUUAAAAUAGCGGACGCCUGGGAGAAAGAAUGCAAGGCGGCUCAACAUCGGGGCAAGAGGGCACAGCCCAGCCUGUUAAAAGUCAUCAUCAGAUGCUUCGGCUUCAAGAUCGUACUUUAUGGAAUAGUAUUGGCCAUCAUGGAGAUUUCACUUAGAGUAUUGCAACCUCUGUGUCUUGGUCGACUGUUGCGAUACUUCAAUACCAAAGAGAUGGACUCGACGCAUGCCUACUUGUUCGCCGCCGGGGUAAUCGCGUGUUCCGCCAUCAACGUGUUCGUCAUCCACCCCUACAUGAUGGGAAUCUUGCACAUGGGUAUGCAGAUCCGCGUGGGAUGCUGUUCGCUUAUCUAUCGCAAGGCAUUGAAGCUCACAAGGACCGCGUUGGGCGAGACGACGAUCGGCCAAGCGGUGAAUCUUCUAUCGAACGACGUGAGCAGGUUCGACGUGGCUAUUAUAUUCCUGCAUUAUCUUUGGAUUGGACCCUUGGAGACUAUGGUCCUCAUGUACUUUAUGUACACGGAAGUGGAGAUAUCUUCAGUCAUUGGAGUGGCAGUUCUACUGCUGUUCAUACCUCUGCAAGGAUGGCUGGGCAAAAAAUCAUCGGUUCUCAGAUUGAAGACCGCCAUUAGAACCGACGAGAGAGUGCGAUUGACGAAUGAGAUUAUCACCGGAAUUCAAGCCAUCAAAAUGUACACCUGGGAGAAGCCAUUCAGCGCGCUCAUCGAAAUGGCAAGAAAAAGAGAAAUUGACGUCAUCAGGGCGACAUCGUAUAUCCGAGGUGUCACGAUGUCGUUCAUUAUGUUCACCACGAGGAUGUCACUAUUCAUCACGGUGCUGGUAUACGUGUUGCUUGAUAACAAGAUAACAGCUGAGAAGGUUUUCAUGGUGACUGCGUAUUACAAUAUUCUUCGUACAACGAUGACUGUCUUCUUCCCACAAGGAAUAACGCAGAUCGCGGAAGCGAUGGUAUCCAUUAGACGUCUGCAGAAGUUCAUGAUGUACGACGAAAUCGAGAACACGGAUAAAACCGAGUCGAGGAUCAAUGGGAAGGAAGACUUAAAUAACAUUAUGCAAGCGAAUAUUAAUAAAGACACGAAGAAUAAGAAGGCUGAUCAGGGGAAUCAGCAAGUGCGACAUGAUCAAGGGGAUCUCGGCAAUCGCGACAUACGGAACGAGUAUAUGAUCUCUAUCGAAAACGCCAGCGCCAAAUGGCUGGAGGACGAGAAGGAGGACACUCUGCAAAACAUCACUAUCAAGGUGCGACCCGGUGAAUUGAUUGCCAUCGUCGGCCAAGUCGGCUCGGGCAAAAGCAGCCUGAUGAACGUUAUCUUGAAAGAACUGCCUCUACAUACUGGUACUAUUAAGGUGAACAGUAAGGUCGCUUACGCCAGUCAAGAACCUUGGCUGUUCGCUGGAUCUGUAAGGCAAAAUAUUCUGUUCGGCCGCCAAAUGGAUCAAAUCCGAUACGACCGUGUGAUCAAAGUAUGUCAGCUAAAGAGGGACUUCAGUUUGUUACCGUACGGUGACAAGACUAUCGUAGGCGAGAGAGGUAUCAGUCUUUCCGGAGGUCAACGCGCAAGAAUAAACUUAGCGAGGGCCGUGUACGCCGAGUCUGACAUAUAUCUUCUUGAUGAUCCUUUGAGCGCUGUGGAUGCUCACGUGGGCAAGCACAUGUUUGAGGAAUGCAUCGACAAGUAUCUACAAGGAAAAACUCGAAUUUUGGUGACUCAUCAGUUGCAGUAUUUGCGAAACGUUGGCAGGAUUAUUGUGUUGAAGGAUGGAACUAUUCAGGCUGAAGGAACGUAUGACGAAUUGGGUUCUAUGGGAGUGGAUUUCGGUCGAUUGUUGGAGACUCAUGCUCAAGUGGAAGAAAAUCAAUCUACUUCGGUUUCGGUUAGCCGCAGCAAUUCACGUACUGCUAGUGUCACGUCGCUUAGCUCGUUCAUGACGAAUGAUACUUCUAAGCAAGAGCCAGAUGAGGUGGCCGAAAUGCGAACGGUUGGCAGCAUUUCUGGCAAGGUCUACGCGGGCUACUUUCAUGCGGGUGGCAACUGGUGUUUCAUAAUCACAGUUGCUAUGCUUUGUAUUAUAGCACAAGCCGCCGCCAGCGGCGGGGACUUCUUCCUCGCGCGUUGGGUAGACUUUGAAGAAAUACAUGUACACAAAACAGAAAAUGGUACAGUGGUGGUCGAUCCGAACAGUCCUCUCUCCCGGUACGCGUACAUCUACAUCUACACCGGCGUGACGGUGUUGACUAUCGUCAUAACCUUGGUCCGUUCGUUCUCUUUCUUCUGGGCGUGUAUGCGAGCUUCUAAACGACUGCAUGAUAACAUGUUCCGCUGCAUCAGUCGCGCCACUAUGCGCUUCUUCAACACCAACACGUCCGGACGCAUAUUGAACCGCUUCUCCAAAGACAUGGGCGCAGUAGACGAAAUGUUGCCUAUCGCCCUAAUCGACUGCAUCCAAAUUGGUCUGGCGUUGCUCGGCAUCAUCAUCGUGGUCGCCAUCGCGAGUCCUUGGUUAAUGAUACCAACCGUGAUCAUAGGAGUCAUAUUUUACUACUUAAGAGUCAUCUACCUGGCUACCAGCCGCAGUGUCAAACGUUUGGAGGGUAUCACACGUUCGCCGGUUUUCGCUCAUUUGAGCGCGACUCUGCAAGGACUGCCGACAAUUCGCGCUUUUGGGGCAGCGGAAAUUCUUACAAAGGAAUUCGAUCGUCACCAAGAUCUCCAUUCGUCCGCGUGGUACAUCUUUAUCGCAUCUUCGCGAGCGUUCGGCUUCUGGCUGGACAUUUUCUGUGUAAUAUAUAUCGCGCUGGUUACUCUAAGUUUCCUCGUGCUGGAUAAUGAUGGUCCCGGCUCGAUGGAUGGAGGCAGAGUGGGUUUGGCAAUUACUCAAAGCAUCGGGUUAACUGGAAUGUUCCAAUGGGGCAUGAGGCAAAGCGCCGAGCUCGAGAACCAAAUGACAUCUGUGGAACGUAUCCUUGAAUACAGUAAAGUGAACAGCGAGCCUCCUCUCGAGAGCACCCCUGAUAAGAAACCGAAAGCAGAGUGGCCCCAAGAAGGCAAGGUGGAAUUCAAGAACGUGUGGAUGCGUUACGCACCGCUAGAGCCGCCCGUACUGAAGAACCUCAGCUUCGUAAUUCAUCCGCGCGAAAAGGUGGGCAUCGUCGGCCGCACCGGCGCUGGGAAAUCUUCUCUUAUGCAGGCGCUCUUCCGCCUGGCUGACGUAGAAGGUCCAAUCGAGAUUGAUGGAAUUGACACGAGCACCAUCGGCCUACACGAUCUGCGCUGCAAGAUCAGCAUCAUUCCGCAAGAACCGUUCCUCUUUUCCGGCACUCUGCGCCGCAACCUUGAUCCCUUCGACUCGUACACGGAUAACGUACUCUGGCAAGCACUCGAAGAGGUCGAAUUGAAAGAGAUGGGCUUGGAAGCACACGUCAACGAGGGCGGUUCCAAUCUCAGCGUUGGCCAGCGGCAGCUGGUUUGUUUGGCGCGCGCUAUCGUGCGCAACAAUCCGAUACUCGUAUUAGACGAGGCCACCGCGAACGUGGAUCCACGUACAGACGAGCUAAUCCAGAGGACGAUCCGCAGGAAGUUUGAAAAGUGUACGGUGCUCACGAUCGCCCACAGACUUAACACUGUCAUGGACAGCGAUCGCAUUUUAUUGAUGGACGCCGGCAGCGCAGUGGAAUUCGAUCAUCCUCACCUGCUGCUGCAGAAGGAGACCAGCUUCCUCAAGAGCAUGGUGAAUGAGACGGGCAAAGCGAUGGCAGAGGCCUUGGCAGUCGUCGCCAGCAACAGCUACCGCGAUCGCACGUCCACGAUGCUCUGAUUAACGUCACCGCGCGGCUAAUUGUCUAAUCGCGUGCGACAGAUCACAGUGCCGUCCCGGUAGCCGAAGUUGGAGAUUUGUGCGAGUCGCUCCUGCAAGCCGAUCCUUGGAUCCAACAAAUUUCCAGGAGAGGGUCCAACUUGCCACGAGCACGUGCAGUAAAAUACGGGUAAAAAACAACGAAAGAAGUUUCGUCCGGGAGAAGAAUAAUACGGAGAUAUUGUGGGACUCGCGAAGUCCAACAUUUCGAUAUUCCACGGCUGGUCGAAGCGUGCGAAAAAGCAGAGGAUUGGAAAUGGUCCGGCGCAACACCGAUCGUGAAGGCAAAAUUUCGCGGGACACAAGAUUAAUUCGAGGAUCCAAAGGAUUCUCGGAGACGUCAGGAAGACAAGAGACUCGAGAAACCUUCGCGAGGGAGAGAGAAGGGGGUAGGAGGGAGGAGGAAAUUAAUGAAUUAACCAUGAAUUAACCAACAUCUUUGUCGCAGGCUGCCUCGUCUUUGUCAGUUUUGUCAUUUUGUUAUUGUUCUUUUAUCUUCUCCUUUAAUUAGCUUAUCGUGAAUUCUUAGCCAUUUCACAGCGCGACGCGUCGUUAUCGACGUUUCUUGAACGAAGAGAAAGAGGGAAGAAAGAAGGGAAAACUGAUCGGCGCGUCAGAGGUAACAGUAUUAUUACGUCAUUCUUCGUAUCAAUUCGAUUUCGUCGGGAAACUUCAUCCGUUGAAUCACUGAAUAUCUCCUCAACGAUUGUCACAAUGAACUGUCGCGAACGCUUUUGGGGGAUCAGCCGGGAUUCGUCAGGAAACGUGGCAAGUAUUCUUAGGCAAAAGACUUUUUUAUUUAUUUAUAAUCAAGAGCAAUUUCGUUUUAGUAAUAAAAGAAAAGAAAGAGCAAAAUAAGCGUAAAUGUAAGUGAAAAAAAGAGGCGACGAUCAGAAACGCGCCUGAAAAAGAACACAAAUAACCAAAAGAGCUUUUCGUAUUUACCAAUAAUUUUAAGAUUUGAGGACCGAGAUUUGAUCUAAAUGUCGAUAAAGAUCACGAGACCAAAAUUACACGAUCGAUCGAUCGGCUGUUGAAACUGUCGCAAUAUGGAUCUCUUGGUGUCACUCUUCGUCUUCUGGAAUCUCGAGGCUUGAUCCAAGAGAAAAAAACGGAAGAACGACAAGGAUAGUUUUUUUAACGGAACGACAAGGAUAGUUUUUUUAACGGAAUUUUAGUUAAUCCCCGUAAUAUUGAGAUCUAAUUAUCCUUCUGAGCUUCUCGAAACGUCCUCGAGGAAUUGCCUUAUGAUCGGUAAGAAUUAAUUUUUAAGAGGCUCGAUUGAUCCUCGACAACUCGAAUGCUCCGAAGGAUUGUUGGUGAACUGAUGGGUUCACGUGGACGUAUUUAAUGUUAGAUCAUACAGGAAAGGAGGAUUCUACGCCACUUUUAUACAUAUAUAAAUAUGUGUAUAUACACACAUGUAUAUAUAUAUAUACUUAUACUCUAACAAACGCGGACAUACACGGAGUGUCCGACGAGAAUGUCGCGGUCAAACGCGGAGGUAGCGGACUUAUAAUUCGUCGUACAUCACUGCCAGCGGGUGGACCGAUCUUUUUUCUUUUUCACCAGGCCACUCCGUGUAUAUCCGGCGAGAAUGUUUAUUCAGCGUUUUUUUCACCGCGAGAAUUUACAAUGUUCCUGCCGUUUGUUACAAACUAGUGUUAGAAGUGCAGAGAAGCAAGAUCAAAAGAAAGCGUAAAUAAAGAAAAAAAGUAUUCAGGUGCCUCUGUAAUAAUAAUUGUAUACACACAAGCGAGAUACUUAUAUGAAAUACACGCGAAUACUUAAGAGAGCGAAUCGUAUCGAAACGUCGUUCCUUUUUCUUUUUUAUUACCUCUCAAUUACUGUCGUGCGUCGUUUUAUCGUCACUUCUGUAUCACUACUGUCGUCGUGUCGUUAACGUCAAGCGAAAGCGUGCGGUAUAUACUCGAGUUUUCUUCGUGCAAAUAAUGCAGAAUCAACAGGGAGAAAAUUACAGAGAAGAACGGGGAAGACAACGGCGAACUCAAAGUACUUAAGUACUCUCAGUUCCGCGGAUGCCUUAUCAUUCGAUGUGGAUUGGUGGUUGCCAAAAAUUUUCCCGACCAUUUGUUCCUAGCUACGCGUUUCUCGCAAUUAAUUAACGACAGCUUUAUACCUCGUACACUUCAGCAAGGAGGAUUACUCGUAAUCAGCAAUUAAUUAUAUAAUAAUGUAAAUAUUAAUAAUUAACUAAUCAUUUACAUGAAUGUUAGAUGUAUUAACCUCUUGUCUUUCUCAACAAACUCUUCCUUUCCUGAUUUCGCGUUACACGUAACACUUUGAAAGUGUUCCCAUUUUCUCCAUUGAUCAAUGAUUUACGAGAAACACUUGGUUAAAAACGGCUGGUCGAAAAUUUUUAGUAUAUCUAUCGAUCCCAAUGAAUAGCAAAGCAUUCGCGGAGUCAAGCGUAUACACACAAUCCGUACAUCGAUUGCGUUUUGUACUUGCGAUUUUUCGGCAUUGUGCUUAAAAGAAAAGAAGGAAAAUGCAGAUAGUUCUAACGAAUUUGUCUAUGGCUUUUGACUUUUAUAUAUAUAUGUACACACACUUUGCUUCUGAUAGGCAAGUACGAUUUUUCAAUCAUGCGUCACAUCGCGUAUCUUCCCGAAAUCAUGCCAGAAAGACGAGCGCGAUCACGUCGGGCUGUGCACGGCAAACUCGCUGUGAGAGGUCGCGGGCGCGAUGGUCUUCAUCGCUUCCCUUAGUAUCGAUACCACCGAGUACACAACACCAGCAAGUCCGGCUACUUUAACGUCCGAGCUAUUCGAGGGCCGAUUUUUCGAUGGUAGUUCAAACUUAGAUUUCAGCUCAAACACUGUUCCCUCCGUACAACAUGUACUAGCGGAGCCUGAACAGAGAUCGCCCUUCAGCAGCCCGUAAAUCGAGGUCCAAGUUUAAACUACUAUUGAAAAAGGUCGGCCUUAGAACGAAGAUAAGCAUAGUUUAUUAUUUAGCAUAUGUCUAUACACAUAUAGAUUUAUAUAUAUAUAUUUUUUUUUUUCUAGCGUAGUACAGUGCAUAUGUACUGUGUAUGUAUAUGUAGCGUAUUUUAUUUUUAUUAUACAUCGCUAAUUAUACCGAAACGAUACGAUCAUUGCACCGCAGCACACAUACGUGCCAUACGGCGUCAUAUAUCAGGACGUACAGUGGUGUCGAGAUAACGAUCAGGACGACGGUGACUGAUACAAUCAAUCUUACACACGAAAGCCCUUAUUUUGAACUCUCUUUCGUCGAUAUGGGUGUCCCUCGGAAUGUAGCCUACAAACCUCCUGAUUGGCCUUCAGUCACACACACACAGAGUGGCACUUUUGUCGAAAAAAAGAGAGUUUUCAGAAUGAGGACCGUGGUCGCUAGUAUGGCCGCGCAGGUACCGAUAACGAGAAGAGGAUUGAAAGAAGAAAAAAAAAAGAAAAAGGAAAAGAAAACGGAGGGUGAGACGAGCGCCUCGCGAUAAACUCGAGAGUGCGUAUAUAUACCUUGUACAUGAAGCGAACGUCCGUUUUUUGUAAUCGUCAUUAAUCAAUAUUUAUUACGUAGGUAGAUGCAUUGUACUUUUAGGUGAUAGAUCGAAUUAUUACAAGUACCUUACGUACAAGUGCCUAUGUAAACGCAGUCGUUGUAAAUGAAAAAUAUAAAAUACAAAGGAUUAUUUAUGCUAGUAA